UUUUUUGUUUAUACUUUUUGACAUUCUACGGUACUAUAGACAUGAAAUAAAAUCUGCAAUCUAUUAAUAAAAACUCAUUUAUGAUUAUUCAAGUGAAAUACCUAAAUCACUUUAUAAAUUUUAUAAUAUGGCUAAGCAUCAUCCAGAUUUAAUAUUCUGUAGAAAACAACCAGGCGUAGCCAUAGGCAGAUUAUGUGAAAAAUGUGAUGGUAAAUGUGUUAUUUGUGAUUCCUAUGUAAGACCUUGUACUUUAGUUAGAAUUUGUGAUGAAUGCAACUAUGGCUCAUAUCAAGGCAGGUGUGUGAUUUGUGGAGGUCCAGGGGUAUCUGAUGCAUACUACUGCAAAGAAUGUACAAUUCAAGAAAAAGAUAGAGAUGGUUGUCCAAAGAUUGUUAAUUUGGGUAGUUCAAAGACUGAUUUAUUCUAUGAAAGAAAGAAAUAUGGAUUUAAAAGGCGUUAACUGUUGUGUAAUUAAUAACCAUCUUGGCAAAUGUUGAAAUUUUGACAUCUUAAACAAGUUUAUAUGUGUAUAGUUGCAUUAAGAUUACAGAAUUUCUGAAUUUAAAAGAA